UCCCUUUUUCUUGUAAUACAUUGGGCCAUUUUGUAUGGAACGCAAACAGUAUCGAGAGAAAGGAAGUGAUAGAAGUGGGUCCUAUGUUGAAAAUAGAAACGCCGACUAUAGGAACCAUGGAAGAAAAUAUGUGGGUUCGUCAACGAAUAAGAAAUUUUUUCGGCGCCGAGUUUAUUCGCCAACUUCAGAAACCGCCAAAGUAGACACCAAAGAAGACACCAAAGAAGGUUCGUGGGAACAACAACAGGUAACCAGUGGCACCAGCAUGAAACGUAAGGAUAGUAGAACCUCUACCUAUGUAAAUAACCAGGAAAAUAUUGCAAAUUGGGGAACAGAGGCAAGGGAAGAUCCAGCCAACACUGUGGAGUUGGAACAAACACAGUUUUGGGACGCUUCGUGUGUGAAGGACUGGAGUGGAACUCCUUCUGUGACACCAAGUCCGUCUUCACCUCCUCCUUCACCGUUUCCGUCUCUGGGAACCGAGAGAACGGUAUCUUACAAGGACUUUCAUCAGCUACAAAACGACAUUACAAAGAGUCGUGUUGAAAUUCAGUCCCUUCGAGUUGAGUUACAGUCCACUAAUUCGAAGUUGGACGAGGUUUGUCAGCAACUACAGGACUUGAGAAGAGAGCUAGACACGAGAUUGAGAAAUCACCCUCAAAACGUGCACGUGAAACAAGGAGAAUAUAACAAGAAAGAUAAAGCUGUAAGCAACGAAAUCUGGAGUAGCUCAGUUGUUACUUCUGCAAAACAAAAUUCUCCAAAAGAGACAAUGACUGAGACUUUACAAAAUUCGUAUAAACCACAAAGUUCAUCAGAUGUUAGCAAUUUACCAGCAAUACAAACAAACGUAGAGUUGGGUGAAGAGGGUUGGCUUUAUUGCUGUAAGAAGAGGGAAAAAGUAGAGGAAAUUCUUGAGAUACUAGAGUUGCAAGGCAGUUCAGUAUUCAAAAUGAAUAUUAGUAACUGGACUCAAGAGAGCCAAGUUUCUUCAGAUCUUCGAGCGCUAGCUCUCUUUUUGGAUAUUCCGUUUAAUUUGACCAGUAGUGAAAAAUUGUGGGAUAUGGCAAAUCGAGUUAUCACAGUAGCUUGUAAGAAAGAUACGUUCCUCUAUUUAGAAAAUUGUGAUGCGGUCGCGACUGCAUCCCCCGGAAACUAUGCAGUUAAAGCAAGAAUCAAUCUUGCAUAUUUUAUUCAAACAAUUGCUCGUGCUUGGUCUCGUUUAGAAAAGGAGAAUGCGAACUGUUUGGGAAGGAUUGUUGUAGUACUAGAAGGAUGGCCGAAAGACCGAAUUAUUGGCAGUUAUAAAGUAGAGCAACUUCCUUGAAUAUUCUUGUUUUUGUAGCAAGACAGUUUUCAUCUUAUCCCUGUUGUUUCAAUAGU